AUGCAGUUGCCGAAUAACCGGCUCCGACGAGCGUCAAUGCUUAAGUCUAUGCUUGAGAAGAGCCAUUUUGCCAAGUUCUUCCUCUUGUUCGCCACCAUGCUCGGUACUUCCAUGGUGAUCGGAGACGCUUUAUCGGCAGUCGGAGGGAUCAAAGAAGCUACAUCUGCCAUGACAGAAGGAGCUGAGGCAUUGUUUGCUGAUGUUGGCCAUUUCACUGUUCGAUCUAUACAAAUAAGUCCUCUGUAUUGGCCUAUGUUUGUGGUGGCUGUCUUAGCGGCUAUCAUAGCAAGUCAGGCCAUGAUCUCGGGGACUUUCUCUAUCAUCCAACAAUCUCUCUCUCUCAGGUGUUUUCCUCGUGUGAAAAUCAUCCAUACGUCGGCUAAGUAUGAAGGACAGGUUUAUAUACCUGAAAUCAAUUAUCUUCUUAUGGUGGCUUGUGUUGCAGUCACUCUUGGAUUCAGAACUACUGAAAAAAUAGGCAAUGCAUAUGGGAUCGCCGUGGUUUUUGUUAUGACUCUCACAUCAGGAUUCUUAGUGCUGAUCAUGAUAAUGAUAUGGAAAACUCAUAUACUACUGAUAAUCACAUAUAUCCUCGUAAUUGGCUCCGUUGAGCUUCUCUAUCUAAGCUCGGUCCCCUACAAAUUCAAUCAAGGAGGAAGGAGAUACUAUUUCAAGCUAAAUAACAAGGUCUCUCCAGAAAAGCUGAAGGACAUAGUUGUUGACACAAGCUUUUGUCGAAUACCAGGACUUGCUAUCUUCUAUUCUGAACUCGUUCAUGGAAUCCCACCCAUUUUCAAGCAUUAUGUGGCAAAUGUGCCUGUAUUGCACUCAGUCCUCAUUUUCUCGUCCAUCAAAUCAUUGCCGAUAAGCAAAGUUCCUGAGGAGGAACGGUUCCUCUUUCGUCGAGCACAACCAAAUGAUCUCAAUGUCUUCCGCUGUAUCAUUAGAUUUGGAUACACAGAUAUCCGCAAUGGGGAAGAGCCCUUUGAGAGAAUGUUGAUUGAAAGGUUGAAAGAGUUCAUUAGGGAAGAUUUAAGUGCAGAAAAGGAAGGAGAAUCCAAUGAAGGCUCGAGUCAUGGUGAAAAUGCAGACAAUGAUGCAAAACAAGUCGAUAAGGAGAAACAAGAAGAGGCAAUGGAGAGAGAAAUUGAAGCACUGGACAAAGCUUGGCGGGCUGGUGUUGUUCACUUGGUGGGUGAGCAUGAGGUGGUUGCAGGCAAAGGAUCUGGGAUAGGAAAGAGAAUCUUGAUAAAUUAUGCUUACAAUUUUUUGAAGAGGAACAUAAGGCAAAGCAUCAAGGUGUUUGAUAUCCCUCAGAAGCGAAUGCUAAAAGUAGGGAUGACUUAUGAGCUCUAG